AUGGGGUCUAUCUCACGCCUGAAAAUCCAACGCCACGUGAGACCUAAUAAAUCACAAAAUCUCCCCAUACGCCGGAAAAUCCAACGUCACGUGAGACCUAAUAAUCACAUAAUCUCCCCAUACGCCGGAAAAUCCAACACCGCGUAUGGGGUCUAUCUCACGCUGGAAAAUCCAAUGCCGCGUAUGGGGUAUGUCUCACGCCAGAAAAUCCAACGCCAUGUGAGACCUAAUAAUCACAUAAUCUCCCCAUACGCCGGAAAAUCCAACGUCGCGUAUGGGGUCCAUCUCACGCCAGAAAAUCCAACGCCGCGUAUGGGGUCUGUCCCACGCCGGAAAAUCCAACGUCAUAUGAUACCUAAUAAUCACAUAAUCUCCCCAUACACCGGAAAAUCCAAAGCCGCGUAUGGGGUCUAUCUCACGUCGGAAAAUCCAACGCCGCGUAUGGGGUCUAUCUCAUGCCGGAAAAUCCAACGCCGUGUAUGGGGUCUGUCUCACUCCGAAAAAUCCAACGCCACGUGA